AUGUCCAUUCUGGGACAGCUCACUCACCCGGAUACUGAGCUGUCACCUGUGGCUCCAAGUGGCUGUUUGCAUGUGACAGUUGCCACCCCGGUACACCACAUCAACAGGUGGGCUAAAGCGGCUGAGGGUAGCCAGGGACCUCCAACCCCGGUAAAAACGAUCAUCUCAACCUUCAACACAAACACCAUCCGCCUCUUGCCUCGAUGCACAGAGUUGGCAUCACAGGCAAGCAGCUACGAGAUCUCCAUCCUGGGGAUCCAGGAACACCGUUGUGUACACCCUGACGAAGAGAUAAGGUUCACAGAGGUAGAGGGGAUGCACCUCAUCACCUCGUCUGCAUGGAGAGAGCUGGCGACGAUGUCAGCACAAGGUGGAGUAGGGCUGAUGGUGAACAGCAAGGCAAAGGAGGCACUGAGGGGUGUAGUCUCAGUCAGUGACAGAAUCCUUACUGCGGAAUUCGACGGAAACCCGGUGACCUCUGUCAUCAUCUGUUACUCCCCGCACAACAGCAGCGAGGAGAAGGAGGUGGAGGCCUUCUACAGUAAACUUCACCAAGCUGUCACUUCAAUACCGGCACAUAACUUCCUGGCUGUGCUUGGCGAUUUUAAUGACCGGGUGUAUUGA